UUUGGCCGGCUUACAUCUUGGGCCGUUAGCCACCAGUCUUGCUAAGUUCCAGUGGAAAGGAGUGUCUUCAGUUGGGCUGUGAACAAAUUGAAAGAGCGAGUGUGUGAGCGGUGUAGUGCAGAGAAACACGAUGAGAUGUGUUACAGAGAGGAGGAGUACUCGGGCGGCCGUUACUCUCCUGCUGGUGGCUGCCCUCCUUUACUUCACCAACCUGGCCACACACACCAGCCCGGCGAGUGAGCCUAUCACGGUGGUCAUGUCAGCCAGCGAGGUGAGAGCCAUGAUAGCAGCCAAGACACCCCAGGAGAACGGUUCACCUCCUUCCUCUUCCGCCAGACCACCAAACGGAAGUGACCACCAGAAACACAAACAGGAUUUUGUGGUGAUCAAUAACAAAGUGAUCUACAAGCAGCCAAGCGUUAAGUCGAAAAGUUCAGGUUCUGUUCAGUGGCCAGUGGUGAUGGAGUUGACUGAGGCGGCGAGUCUGCUAGAGUUGGACCUCACCCAGUACCAACCUGAAGAUCGUGAGUACUUGGAGUCCCGGCUUGGCGUGAUGGUGGAGCGAGCGCGGCAGGUUAAGGAGGCCUGUGUGGCUCACUCCCUGUUCGAACCCGCCCCGACUCACUUGGUUUGGGACAAUAAACACACACCCUCUGUCGCCUGGUGCCCCAAUUACAAAGUAGCGUCCACCACCUGGAUGAUCAACUUCCUCAAGCUGGCUCACUUCAACGAUGACAAUCCAGCCAUACCUGAUCUGCCGCCUAAGGAGAAAGAAUUACUGAAGUAUUCGCCCAAGUAUGGCGCCCGUCACAGUGUAGUGAAUGACGUUUACCCGAUGCCUUCCACAGCAGCAGGGAAGGUAGAAUUCUUGAGGAAAAGUCUCCGAGUCAUCAUAGUUCGUCACCCCUUCACCAGGAUUCUGUCUGCCUACCGGGACAAGAUGAUCAAAGAGCACCCACUUCCACCCAAGUUUGGGUUCAGACAGUUGCAGAAAGAUAUCAUCUCCAAGUACCGUCAGCCAGACAGCUCCGAGACCUAUCCAUUCCCAACCUUUGCCGAAUUUGUCCAAUACCUCAUUGACUUCACUGCUAAAUUCACCUCCAUUAAACAAUGGAAGAAGAAUGUAAGGUGUUGGACGCCAUUCUGGGUACAAUGUAGUGUGUGCACGCUUGACUACAAUGUCAUCAUGAAACUGGAGACGAUGGCAGAUGACGAGAGGUUCCUCAUCACACUGGCAAAUUUUGAGGAGCUCAAGAAGACUGCUGGUGAGUGGCGGCAUCUGCAGAAUAUGUCAUCAACGCAGGCGGCACCAAUGUAUUACACUCAGUUGACCAGACACCAGAUGCUGCAACUCUAUGACCGUUACCAGCAUGACUUUAGACUCUUCGACUACACCAUUGAUGAUUAUCUGUCCCUGGCAAAAGACCAUCAGAACCCUGCCAAGUUAUAACUCUCCAUCCAUCUGUUCUGCCACGACAGGUUUUAGUUUCCUCUUAAUAAGUUUUCAUAGACUCAUUUGAUUUCUUUGAGUUUUGUUGUUAAUUAUAUUUUAGAAGACUUAUAUUUUGGGGGGUUCCUGGACAUGUUUUGUAUGCCUGAGGAAUUUUAGUUACUGUCAAAUUUGGUGCCAUAGUUUCAGUACCAUGAACCCAUUUACAGUACUGUACAGUACAGUACAGUAUAUGGUCUUACUAUCAGGAGGUAAACUUUAAUCUUGAAUACAUAUCAUUUUCUAAAGGGUUAGUUAUGAUCCUCUCUGCAUCCUUUAGAUUAAAAAUGACAUUAACAAGAAUGCCACUUUGUUAAUUGGUAUUCAAACUUUUGGACAGAGAGGCAUUUAACAUACAGUAUUUCUAAGAUCUACUGUAGUUUAUUGCAUUUAUUAGGGCAGGAAUUAUACAAGAAAAUCCCUGUUUGAGCAGCAGCUACUAUAUAUUCUCUUAAGAGGAUUGUGUUAACAAAUAAUUUUCCUGUAUCAGGAUAUACUCGAGGUAUAACUUUAUGGCUUUAUUUACUCAAGUAAAAUUACUUAGAUUUAGUAACUUAUACUAUUGAGUGUAACAGUUAACAAAUUAUGUGUCUGUUAUCUGUUUAUCUUGGGUAGUCAACGUACCUUUCACCAUUGGCUUAUGUUGUCAGUUCAGUUCUGUCUUUGAUCUGGUGAUGUACUCAAGGUAUUUGUUGCUGAGAUUGGCUGGCUGCUUUGGUGUUUUAUGUAUUUGUGUUACUUGCAUUUACAAUUGAUUUGUUCAUCAGUGAUAUUUGUGCAAUGUGAUUAUUUUCUAUUUCAACAUUAUUAAUGGUAAGGGUUAUAAAUAUAGUUAUACAUUUUA